AUGGGAGACGGAUGGUCGGAAGUAAACCGGAGAUGCAAGAAGACGGACAAAGUUGUUCCAACCACAACCAUGUACUCAGGAGUAAGGGACAUUUUGAAACUGGAAGCCAACAUUCAAGGAAUUACAUGCAAUGGGUAUAGACUGGAAGUGAACAUCACCAAGUAUGAGAGGAUGGAGAGACAGCAUAAGAAUUUUAAAGAGACACAAUACCAGAGGAGAUUUCCAAUUCAAACUAGUGGAGGAUCAUCAACAUGGAGAGAUGGUAGAUCUUAUGCGGAGGGGGCUGCCCGGAAGAAUAAUAAGGCGGUGCAAAACUCCAAUCCCCCGCCACCCCCUCCUCAUCCCCCGCUUAUUACUCCUCCAUUACAAUUACAUACAUGUACUUUCAUGGAGCAUUGGCUUAAAAGUGAAUUAAUUAUAGUAGAGUCAUUAAGUAGAAUCAAUGAAGAAGUUACUGUGGUUGGAGAUAAUCGAGUGUUCAAAGUGGGGAUCUAUGAGAUUGGACCAGGCGUUGAUUCUGAUAUGAGACCUGGUGUAGAAAUCGGAAGAAACUUCCUUGAUGAUGUCUCCGACGAAACUCCGGCAGGAAGGGCAAUAGUCACCCCUUCAAAUUCCGGGAAUCAACAUAUUGAAUCGCUCAACAAUGAUGGAAUCCAUCAGUCCGAAUUCAUUCCAAUCAUUAAUGUAUCUCCUAGGAACUUGGAAGAUAUGAUGGAGGUCAACAAUGAAGAGGACGUAGGUGAAUCUGGGUCCCCACAAGCAUCGUUCGGGUGCAUUCGAGACUUAAUUCCUAAAGGAAUGUUUGGGCCGUUCCCAAACAAUGGACCUGGAGUUAGAACUGAGUCCAGUAAUCCGGUGGACUUAGAAAUGGACCUAAACGGGUCAUUUUUUAGAAGAAGAAAGAUCCGGCAAACUCCAAAUGAACCCCACACUAAUGCUGACCAGUCAAUUCCUGAGCCUGUACGUCCUUCUCCAAGUCUUCCUGCACAUCUGGAUCUUAACCGAGAACCAAAUGGAUCCCUAAACACCGCUCCGAACCUCCCAUCUGAAAUUUCCCCGUCGACAAUACCCAGGAAUUCUGAGAUGGAAAAAACGGCUGAGGUAGGAAGACUUCUUGGAUUUGACAUCAGGGAUGAUUGUGAGAUACUAGCAGAUGUAAUGGGAGAUCUUGGUGAUCAGAUCGGUGUGCAAUGA